ACGCGCUGUGUUCACUUGUUUGUAAACUUCCUGGGGGAGUAGGCGUCGCUAGCUUCUUAGCUAGCCGUUUGAUGGUUGAAGUAAUGGAGUAAUCGGCAAAUAUAAAAAAAAAAAACAAAAGUGACAUUCCGUUAGAAACGUGACCUGGUAUAUUAAGUAACUACCCGUCAUAUGUCUGCGCGCCAGUGGGGACGUUAAAUCUGGUGUGUUGGAAAGUUAGUGAGACCGAGUAGCUAACGGCGUUAGCGGGCUAACGCUAGUAACAACAAGCAGCAGUCAUGAUGGCGUCUAGUUACAACGCCAAAGACGAGGAUGGACAUAUCACUGUGUCUGGACCUGGUGGCGGUACUCUGCGGAGUAAGAAGCCCGAGAACACCGCGUUUAAACAGCAGAGACUGCCCGCAUGGCAGCCCAUCCUCACCGCGGGCACCGUCCUGCCUGCUUUCUUUAUCAUCGGACUCAUCUUCAUCCCCAUCGGCAUCGGCCUGUAUGUGACGUCCAACAACAUCAAGGAGUUUGAGAUUGAUUACACAGGAGUUGACAUGUCCAGUCCCUGCUUCAACUGCUCCCAGAACUUCAGCUGGAACAGCACAAGGCCGUGUACCUGUACAAUACCCUUCUACCUGGACCAACCAUAUGAAAAUAAUGUUUUCAUGUAUUAUGGCCUUUCCAACUUCUACCAAAACCACCGCCGUUACGUCAAGUCGAGAGAUGACAGCCAGCUGAAUGGAGACCUUGAAUCUCUCAAGAAGCCAAGUAAGGAGUGUGAGCCAUAUGCUUCUCAUGAAAACAAGCCAAUUGCACCAUGUGGGGCCAUCGCCAACAGCAUGUUCAAUGACACGUUGGAGCUGUUUUACAAUGACCCCAACGGCACAAAGAUCCAAAUUCCUCUGACAGCAACAGGAAUCGCCUGGUGGACGGACAAGCAUGUGAAGUUCAGGAACCCGGGAGAAAACUCAAACCUAACAGCCGUUUUCCAAGGAACAACAAAGCCAGUGAACUGGCGCAGGCCCGUCUACGAGCUCGACACCGACCCGCAGAACAAUGGCUUCAUCAACGAGGACUUCAUCGUAUGGAUGAGGACCGCCGCUCUGCCGACCUUUCGCAAACUCUACCGCGUCAUCCACAAGAAGAACAACAUGGUUCCGACUCUGCUCCGAGGAAACUACACUCUGGAGGUCGUCUACAAUUAUCCAGUUCGCAGCUUCGAGGGCCGAAAGCGAAUGAUCCUGAGCACCAUCUCCUGGAUGGGAGGCAAGAACCCGUUCCUGGGCAUCGCGUACAUCACCGUGGGCUCCGUCUGCUUCUUCCUGGGCGUCGUGCUGUUGAUCAUCCACCACAAAUACGGAAACCGCAACAACAGCGCUGACAUCUCCAACUGAGACACCUGCUGCUCUCCAGCUCACCUCUGCUGCAGCAAACAGUGACAGACACAUCUGUAGUGACCAGAGGGGCAUAUAAAUUUCAAAAUUUAAUAUCCACAUUAUCUUCUCCAGCAGGCAAGCAUGAGUUUUAUGAUUUAAAAUCUCUGGAUGACGGCUGAUUAUUUGCCAAAGUGAGCGGAAAAGUAGCCAAAUGUUAGCAGCCACAGUCAGCGUCCAAAAACUUCUCUUUUUCACGAUUUUCCUUCAUGUUUUAAUGGAACAUUUGCAAAUAAAUAGCGAGUAUCAGACUGAUGAAUCACAUGAUCGGCUACCUUUAGAGUCAAACCAUACAUUCACAGAGUUCCCACUCAGGUCUGGAGAGACUUCAAAAGUAAUGAACCUUUGAUACAAGAAAUUCCCAGACUGGACUCUUCUGGGACUCACAUAAAACUGGAAAAAUUCAAAUCCAAACUAAUUUUGAUUGGUAAGAGUUCAUCUAAGAUAUGUCAUUUAUUUAAUAUUUUUUCCACUAGAAUUAUAUCCUGCCAUCACAGUGGACAGUCAUAUUUCCUAGUUGCUAUCAGCUAAAAUCCAGUUAAAGCCCAAAAAGAAUUUUCAGAUCUUGGUAAAAAAGAAAUUCUGCUUGAGAAUGUGUUUGAACGGUCUGGGUAACUUUCCAGACCCCUGCAGGAUCUAUGAGGGGCUGAUGGUGCAGUCGAGGUGAGCUGGAGUGUUAUUCCUCUAAGUUCUGAGUUGCAUGCUGGAUAACAGACAUGUUGAUGUGAACAUCGAGCCGCUCGAGUUGCUCGUCUUUGUGCCUGGUUUCGUCUGUGACGUUGUCCUGCUUUUAAACUAAAAUCAAGCUUUUACUGAGUCGUAGCACUUUAUAACAUGCUGAGCAAGUUCCACAUCAGAGGGAGCACAAAAUGUUUGGAAUGUGGGAGCUGUACAAAUAACAUGUUUAUUUUUUUGGUAUUUAUUUUAGAGUUUUAAGUCAAGUUUGCAUUGUAAAGCCAGUAUUUGCACGGCAGACCUCAGGGGUUUCGAGUCUGAAGUGGGUUUAAAGUUUGCUGCCUUGAUCUGAGGAACUUUCAUUUGCGAGUGUGUAAAUCCACUGCAGAAAAAUGUUCAUUAACACGGUGUUACAGCUUCAUUCACUGUUGUUUACAUGCAGUAGUAAUAGGUUAUAAGUGCAGGAUGAUGGAACAGUAACACAGUAUGAUUAAAUACAUGUGAUUAAAUGUUUGUAUGUUUGUCACUACAGAAACUGAUACAUGUAGUUUCACACCCUCACUCUGCCAUUUUCUGCAGUUAUGAACUGAGAUUAUACAUUAAUAAACAUAAAAUAGAUGCUGCAUGUUAAGAUGUGUUGAAUAAAAAUGUUUUUUUCCUUUUUCUUCAAGGUAAAUCGUCACUUGUAGUUGUGAGAAGCACGAGUUUUGACAUUUCUUUUGAUACUCCAUCUGUGUUGUGUUGUUGCUUUAAAAGAAUAAAUUUGUCAUUUUAAUUAAAACAGGUUUGUUCUUUGC